AUUUUAUCUCUCAUCAUCUCAACUGCGUUCCAGAUUCUCUUCUAUCUACAAAAAUCUUGGGUCCACUUCCCUUCGCACUUUUCCCAUUUCUUUCUCGAAUUUCACCUUUUUGCAGAAAUUGUAAUUAAUUUCCUCUCCAGAAUCACUUCCUCUUCUUCUUCAUCUCAUUUUUCACAAUCGAUUCCAUACGGUAUUCAGUUGUCACUGGAUUUCUGUUUCUUGUUUUCCGUAUGUCAUCGCUUGUUCUUGUUUCCUUGACUUGGGUCGAUUCCAAGUUCCCGAUUUUGUGAAAAAAAGACCUGCUUUUGCUGUUUGGUGUUGCUAGAUUCUUCUUACCAGGAGUGGGUUUUGCUUCAAUUCGAUUCUCAGUGGAAGAAAUUCCAUUUUUACCCGAUUGGGUUUGGUUUAGGUUUGCGUCGAAUCUUCAAUUUGGGGGAAAUUUUGACUGCCAUCACUUCAAGUAAAAGUCAAACAUUUUAGGGUUACUGAGAAGUCAAUGCCCUUUUGAGUUAAGAUCGCUGUUUUUCGAUCAAUAAGGUAUGAAUCCAACUUGUGGAUGGUCUGUUUUCCUGAUUUUCUUGAUGAUACUUUCCAAGUGCCAAAUUUGAUACUGACUUACUGCAAUUUUCUGCUUGAAAUCAAUAUGAAUUUUGAGAUUGAAAAGCUUUUAAGCUCUUUUCUUUCUUUCUUGUGUUGUUGAAUUCAGAAGGGGAUAAAAGAGAUGAAGAGAGGGAAAGAUGAAGAGAAAACCAUGGGACCGAUGUUUCCAAGGCUUCAUGUGAAUGAUACCGAAAAAGGAGGUCCAAGAGCACCUCCUAGAAACAAAAUGGCUCUUUAUGAACAGCUUAGUAUACCUUCACAGAGGUUUAAUGGUGGGGUUUUGCCCAACUCUCUUCCACCAUCAUCUUCAACUCCGGGAACCAUGAAUGAAAUUCAACAAUCUUCUCCAAUGCACCCGACCAGAAAGAGAGAUACCUACCAUUCCGAUUUCAGCAACCAACGAGUGCACCAAGAACAUAAAAGGAGACAAGAAGACGAUGACUUUAGGGUUCCAGUCUUUGAUCAUCAAUCUGGGACAAGUCAAAAUCGUAGUGUGAAUGUGAAUCAUCAAAAUAGAGAGAACGAAGGUAUCACCCCAUUUGGUGCAGUUUUUUCAGGUCGUUUGGCGAACAUUCAGAAUGCUAGACAAAGCAAUAGAUUUCAAAAAGAAAACUCUCAAGAGUUUGCAAGAUCUGCUUCAAAUCAAUCAUCUCGACAAAACAUUAAAGCUCCAUUGAAGGAGACCAAUGAAUCUUCAAGUUUUAGCCAUAGAAAUGUAUCUAAUAAUUCUAGCAGAUUACAGAGUAAUGGGAAUUUACGGGAUUACAGACUUGAAGCCGAUAACACUUUGUGGGGUGAUAAUGUAUUAAAUGAGGCACCUAAAGUUGGUUUUGGGAAUGCCUCAGUCCCGGUUAGGGAGGUUCAACAAGAAGCAGUGAGAAGCCCCAAUGAUCCUACCAAUGCUGAUGCUGUUUCUGAGACCUCGAUGGUUGAUUCAAUAUGUGGAGUUGAUAUUUCUCCUGAUGAUGUUGUGGGGAUUAUUGGUCAGAAGCAUUUUUGGAAGGCAAGAAGAGCUAUUGUCAACCAACAACGAGUAUUUGCUGUUCAAGUGUUUGAGCUCCACAGAUUGAUAAAGGUUCAGAGAUUAAUUGCUGGAUCACCACAUCUUUUGGUCGAAGACAACGCUUAUUUGGCAAAACCGCCAAAAGUUUCUCCAAUCAAGAAACUUCCUCUCGAGUAUGUAUUGAAAUCUACUUUAAACACACCUAAGCACAAAAGCGACGUCGAGAAACCAAACGAGGAGACGGAAUUCUCAGCCGAGAAUGCCGUUGGGAAGGCGUCUCUAUCUUCUGUGCAGAACGACAGUCAGAUGCCGAAUUGCAGACCCUACAGCGGGAACCCGUUGCCACCAUCGGAGCCAAAUAUGGGUGGUUCUUGGAAUUUCAACCCGCCACCUGGACACCAAUGGUUGAUUCCAGUGAUGUCUCCAUCUGAAGGACUCGUCUACAAACCGUACCCUGGACCUGGGUUCAUGAACCCACUUUAUGGUGGUUGCGGACCUCCUGGACCUCCUCCUGGCUCUAUGCCCAUGAUUGGGCAUAAUUUUCCCAACUAUGGUGUCCCCCCUGAUCAUCAUUAUGAAGGACCCGCUGGGGGUCAUCCUUUUGCUCCUCCAGCUAGCCAUGGCUACUUCCCUGCUUACGGCAUGCCACCAAUGGUGAACCCAUCCGUUUCUAGCUCCAGGUGUGAACUAACGAACCCCUUCAACGAGCAAACAAACCCCUUCAGCGCGCACCACCAGAGCUCCAGUAAUGUUCCAAUCGAGAAGAAAGGAGCCGCAGUCCCGAAUGUGGUCAAGUUUAAGGCUUCUAAAGAUAGUGAGGUUCAAGUCAGUACAGCAAGCAGUCGAAGCGAUAGAACACGAGGUCGAAACGCACUUCCUCUUUUUCCAACCUCUCCUCCCGCUCCGGCUCAGGCUCCAUCUCCAGCACCGGAACCAACAGCUCCUACUGCGGCCCCGGCUCGAUUUGAAGCAGCAGAACCGGCUCGUGUGAUCAGAGUCGUGCCUCAUAAUGCACGGUCAGCAACCGCGUCUGUAGCACGGAUAUUUCAGUCGAUACAGGAAGAAAGAAAGCAGUAUGAUUCGGGAUAAGAUGAAGAUGGAUUGGUGUUGUACUUUGUGCUUCUUUGAUUGUAACUUUUGCCUAAAUGUCUUGAUUAUGAAACACAUUAGGAAGGUAAGAUGUAUGCAUGCAAAGAUUAUGACAUCAAGUGCCAUUGUAAAAAUGCUUGCU